AGAAAUUGUUAUAUUUAUUGCUGAUUAGAAAAAUAUUUACAGGACAGCAUCAGGAUUGAGCUUCAGAUCAAUGGUUUUGAUCAUGAUACAGAUAAUUCAUAUGAUUAACAGAUACAGAUAAUUCAUAUGGUUACCAGAUACAGAUAAUGCUGUACUCGCUCAUCCCUUGUGUGUAUGUAGCUUAAUAAUUUUGUAAUAUUUAUAACACUAGCUUACUACUUUUAUUUUUAUUUUUUUAUGAAAUACAGCAAAAACGUGUCAGACACUCAGUGUCUGGUUACUGGUUAGAGACAGCUGAAGGUUUAAAAAAGAAAAAAAAUCUCCGACAGGCAGAGACGCAAGCACCAAGUCUGAACGAACCCACGUUUACCAGAACUCUACUGGUUAGUAAGUACGUAUUAUUAACGUUACAACCUGAAGUAAAAAGCUGAAGAAACCCUAAACGUUAACGGAAAAGAGCCGCGAACCCGAGUGACUGAGGAAGAGACAGAGAGCUGUUGUGUGUGUGACUGUGAGUGAGCAGAGCGGAAUCUGUAUGUGUGUAGGGGAGGGGCGCUGUGACUAGCCUAUCACAGAACGCUGACACAAUCAGAUACCCAAUGAUGAUUUUCAUUCAAUCCGAGCACAGAUAUUCACUCGUAUUACUCGUAUAAUACUCGUACUCGGCCCAAGUGCUUUAUCCGUACCGGAUACUCGUUUCAGCCGAGUAUCCGGCUCAUCUCUACAUUAUACAAGUAUAGUAGCUUGAAUUUUGCGAACUUCUAAGUCACCUUUCCAUGACCCGGCCAUCUCCCCAGGAGGGGAAGAGUGUGCUCAAGGAUGGCUCCUACAGAACCACCACUGCAGCCUAGUUUAGCCGAAAUACAUGGAAGUCAUGCAAUUUUCCGUGAUGAUUUUGACUCUAAUCUGCAGGGAGAACUAGAUGGCAAUAUCUGGUGGGUAUUCGGGACACCACUUAGACAUUUUAUUUUCAAAAUGAUAGUAACUCUGUCUUGUCUUCUCAGGUCAAACUGUAGUAACUGUGAAGUGGGGGAGCAGUGUGAUGUGAUCUUAUAUGGUAAAGCUGUCACUUUCUGUGAACCCUUUGGGGAAAGAAAGCUGAUUACAGUGGCUCUUAAUACAAGCACUGCUUCAGUAUUACAGUUUGCACUGGGCUCUGGAUCCUGCCAUUUUAGUUAUUCAGAUCCCAGCAUAAUUGUCUCCUGUAGACUAAACAGUUCAAGUGGCUGGACCAUCUUGGAAAAAAUCAGAGCACCCAGAAAUAUCAGCACAGUGGUACAUCUACUUACUGUGCCACCAAGCUGCAAGGGAGAGGCUGUGCACCUAAGGUGGUUCCAGGAGGCUGCAUCUGAGCCUAAUGGUUAUGAGUCCUGCUGGGGACUGGAUAACAUACUGCUGGUCAACAUGGCCCACAAACCCACCAUAUUAGAGGAUAACCUUGAUCCUCCUGAUACUGCUAACUGGAUCUUUUUCCCUGGAGCAACUAUAAAGCAUGCCUGCCAGUCAGAUGGAAGUUCCAUGUAUUUCCAUGGUGGAAAGGGAGUGAUGCAAAGCUAUACUUCCACCCGGGACAUUGAUCUCCACCAAGAGGAAGAACACCACUACUGGGAGGAGGACUUUGAGAGCCCACCUAAGGGCUGGAACAUUGAGGGAGCAGUGCAUGGUACUCAGUGUGGAGAAAUUAAGUCAGGUUAUGCACUAGUGUUCCUUGGGUAUGGAAACAGAAAAGUGUGCACCCCCUACCUGGAUACAACAAUGUAUGGCAACUUACGCUUCCGUUUUACUAUGGGUGCAGGAGGCUGUGAUCCAGGGGAGUCGCAUGACAAUGAUGUUAUUCUUUUUGGCCAAUUAAAAGGCAGACGACAUGUUCUGUUGGACACACUUCAUUUUUCAGCCUACAAGACCCCUACUGUGGUGUCUGUAGCUUUGCCUACAGAGCUUCAGAAUCCUGUAACUCAGUUUUGUCUGGAACAGAGGUUUCAUGGUGGAGCCAAUCAUCAUGUCUGGGCACUGGAUUACCUGCAGCUUCUGCCAGUGAUGCCUGAUGUUUACACACAUAUGGCCCAGUUUUCUAUUAAUCUUGGAUGUGGCUCCUACCAGCCCACUAACAGCAUCAAUUUGGAGUUCUCAACUAAUCAGGGACGAUCCUGGUCCCUUUUGCAUAUGGAGUGUCUACCUGAGUUAUGUUCUGGACUUCAUCUUCCACACAGCACAAUCUACUCAUCUAUCAACUACAGCAGUGGGUGGACAAGGAUUUCUGUUGCUCUUCCCAAUGCUGCCCUCACAGAGAGCACUCAGUUUCGCUGGAUACAGACUGGAAGUGGGAUUGGCAAUAUGUGGGCCAUUGACGAUGUAUAUAUCGGCCCAGCCUGUCUUCAUUUUUGCUCAGGGAGAGGACAGUGCUCACGCAGUGGAUGCAAGUGUGACUCAGGGUUCAGUGGGCAAGCUUGUGAAAUAGCUACUCAGACCUUUCCUGCAUUUUUAUCAGAGGGGUUUUCUAGUCCAAGGCUCUCCUCUUACCACAGCUUUUCAUCUGUGAAUGGGGCAGAAGUCAGCUUUGGCUGUGGAGUUUUAGCCAGUGGGAAAGCCUUGGUCUUUAAUAAAGGCAGCAGGAGACAUUUGGUUACCACUCUACUAGAUGGAUCUCAGGCCAGGUACCUACAGUUCACUCUGAGGUUGGGCAGUCGGAGUACCCUUAGUUCCUGUCCUGCCCCAGAUCAGCCUGGGGAAGGAUUGCUGCUGCAUUACUCUUCAGAUAAUGGUAUCAACUGGAACUUGCUACAGCAUUACUCUUAUGAAGGCUACCAUGAGCCCAGGAUUGUGUCAGUAGAGCUCCCACCUGAUGCUAAGAAGUUUGGGGUACAGUUCCGCUGGUGGCAGCCACACCACUCAGGAAGUGGACAAGAUGUUUGGGCACUAGAUGAGAUCAGUAUGACAUCUGUGCUUUUUAACACCAUUAGUCUGGACUUCAGUAAUGUGUUGGAUGUCACACAAAGUCUGGGAUUCUACUUGGGCCAUGUGCAGCCAUACUGCCAGCAUGACUGGACUCUCAGUUUCUCUGGAGAAAGUACACUUGGCCCCAGUAUUCGCUAUGUGGAGACUCAGUCCAUGCAGAUUGGGGCUUCCUACACAUUGCAGUUCUCCCUAAUAAUGGGCUGCGGUCGUGAGCCUUCCCCCCAUAUUGACACACAGAUUCGACUUGAGUUCUCUACUAAUCAUGGCUUGACCUGGCACUUAGUAAAACAGGUAUGUCUACCAGGCAUGCCAAGUUGUCCUGAGUUUACUGCUCCCAGUGUCUACCAUCCUUCUGAGUUCAUUGCUUGGAAAAGGAUCACCCUUCCUCUACAUCAAAAAACAUGGUCUAGUGCCACAAGAUUUCGCUGGAUCCAAAACUUCUACAGUGAGCAAGAUGAGUGGGCCUUAGAUAAUAUCUACAUUGGGCAGCAGUGUCCUCUAAUGUGCAAUGGGCAUGGCUGGUGUGACCAUGGUCACUGCAGGUGUGAUGAUGGCUUUUCUGGUACAGAUUGCCAGCCUAACUCACCGUUGACAUCCAGUGUGUUGUCAGAUUUUGAGUCCCUGGAAUUACUAAAGACCACAUGGCAGGAGGUUAUUGGUGGGGUGGUGGUGACCCCUGACGAGGGUUGUGGUGUUGUAUCAUCUGGAUCGUCUUUGUAUUUUAGCAAGGCUGGAUUGAGACAGCUAGUCAGCUUGAACUUGGAUACAGAAUGGGCAGAGUUUGUGCAAUUCUACUUGCGUGUGGGUGGUGACUGGGCCGAGUGUAAUCAACCUGACAGCAGGGAGGAGGGCGUGCUUCUCCAAUAUAGUAACAAUGGGGGCAUUACCUGGGGUCUGAUUGCAGAACUGUACUUCACUGACUUUACCAAGCCUCGGUUUGUCCACUAUGAGCUACCACUCUCUGCUAAGACACCAUGUACGCAAUUCCGCUGGUGGCAACCCCUCCAUUCGGGUCAGGGUUAUGAUCAAUGGGCCAUUGAUGAUAUCAUUAUUUUCUCUGAGAAGGAGAAACUUGUCAUUCCACUGGCUAAUCCUACUCUUCCUCAGAACUUUUAUGAGAAGCCAGCAUUUGAUUACCCACUGAACCAAAUAAGUUUAUGGCUGAUGCUAGGUAAUGAGGGAAUGGACAAAGAACGAAAUAGCAGUUUUUGUGCCCCAUCACCUUCAGCCAUGGUAUUUGGAAGAUCCGACGGAGAUAGAGUAGCUGUGACCCGAGACAUUGCCCUCCGACUUGGCUACACGUUGCAGUUUAAGUUAAACAUAGGCUGCAAAUCAGAGUUCAGUGCCUCAGCACCCAUAAUGCUCCAAUAUUCUCAUGAUGCUGGGCACACAUGGGCUCUGGUUCAGGAUGGCUGUUUCGCAGGAGCAGGCUGUAAAGGCAGUGGGCAUGAGUUUACAGAGCCAACUAUCUACAAUGUUGGAGACUAUGAAAGAUGGACCAGAGUAACAGUUGUAAUUCCACGCAAUGUGGCUGCAAGCAAGACACGUUUUCGAUGGAUCCAAGAAAGCAGUGUUUUUCAGGAUGCCCCUGCAUUUGCGUUGGACAGUGUUUACAUCUCUGAUCCUUGCCCUAAUUAUUGUGGGGGUCAUGGGGAUUGCAUAUCAGGAGUGUGCUUCUGUGACAUGGGAAUGGAAGUGGAGCAGGAUAGCUGUGUGCCCUCUGUGCCAAGUCCCACUGAGUUGGCAGAGGACUUUGAAGGAAAGUUAAGUCCCCUCUGGCAAGGAAUUAGUGGGGCUCAGAUAAGGGAUGGUUGUGGUAGCAUCAGUGAUGGAAAGUCCCUCUAUUUUAGCAGUUCUGGGAGGCGAGAGGCUCGUACUGUACCAAUGGACACCACUAGCUCAAGACUUGUUCAAUUCUACAUUAGGCUUUGUGGAAAGAACACAAGCCCAGCCUGCAUCAGGCCUAAUUCUUGCAAUAAAGGAGUGAUUGUCCAGUACUCCACUAAUAAUGGGGUUCAGUGGAAAUUCUUGCGUAUGCUAGAUUUUGGCUCAUUUCUAGAACCACAAGUUGUGACCAUUGAACUGCCGUCUCAAGCAAAAACACCUUACACUGUGUUCCGCUGGUGGCAAUCCAAACAAGGAAAACACUCAGUUCAGUGGGCACUUGAUGAUGUUCUGAUUGGUAUGAAUGAUAGUUCCAGGAGUGGCUUCCAUGACAAGUUUGAUAGCACAUCACCCUUAAGACACAAUUGGUUUAGAGUGGUGGGUGGAGAGGUGACAGCUGAUUGUCUGUCUUUGGACACAGCCCUGGUCUUCCACACUGAUUUAGAAGAAAUGAAUCUCCGUUAUGCUGAGAGUUGGGACUUUGAGGUGUCAGCGUCUUCAUUUCUGCAGUUUGAUCUGAGCAUAGGAUGCAAUAAAGCUGUGACACCAACCCACGGUGUCCACUUGGAGUUCUCCACUGAUUGUGGACACCACUGGACAUUGGUUACACCUGAGUGUAUACCGCCUGCUAUUGGAUGUGCCAGAUAUAUGCAGAGCUCCAUCUUUAGUACUCCCCAGUAUUCCCAAUGGAGGAGGGUCACUGUUUAUCUACCCACUGCAGCCAAUUCACCUAGGACAAGGUUUCGCUGGAUCCAACCUCGCUUCACUCCUGGAGUUGAUAGCUGGGCUCUGGACAAUGUGAUACUCUCAUCUGGCUGUCCCUGGAUGUGUUCAGGGCAUGGCCUUUGUGACAAUGGACACUGCAUAUGUGACAGAGGUUAUGGUGGGGUUCACUGUGUGCCCAUGGCUCCCCUGCCCUUUGUGCUUAGGGAAGACUUCAACGAAAAUCUGGAUCCAGAAAUCUGGCCUGAAAUGUAUGGAGCAGAACGUGGUAUGUUGAAUGGAGAGCCUCUUAAAUCAGGCACCGCUCUCAUAUUUAAAGGGGAAGGAUUGCGCAUGCUGGUUUCACAAGAUCUGGACUGCACAAACACUCUGUACAUCCAGUUUUCAUUAAAAUUUAUUACAAAAGGAAUUCCAGAUCAUUCUCACUCGUUGUUGCUACAGUAUUCAGUAAAUGGAGGAAUUUUCUGGCUACUGAUGCAUGAGUUCUACUUUCCUUCCUCCACUGACCCUCUGUUUCUGCAUCUGCCACUGCCUCCGACAGCUCAGACUAAUGCUACACGGUUCAGACUAUGGCAGCCUUACCAUAAUGGCAAAAAGGAGGAAGUGUGGGUCAUUGAUGAUCUCAUCAUUGAUGGCCACUCCUUGAACAAUUUUCAAAUCUUAUCAGAAAGUUUUGAGGAUGGGCCUCAGAUGAUGAAUUGGUUGUUUUACCCAGGGGGCAACAUUGACCGCUACUGUCUUUACCAGAAAGCAAGACUGGAGGAUGGCUUAGCUUUGGUAUUUAUGUCUAGUGAGCUGGGAGAACAUUCAGUUACCACUAGAGACAUUGAUGUCAAUGAGAACACAAUUGUCCAGUUUGAGAUAAAUGUAGGCUGUACAGCAGCAAGCUCAUCAUUAAAUUCUGUUCGUCUGGAAUACUCACGUGACUUUGGGGCUACAUGGAACCUUUUAGUUCCUUUGUGCACAGGUGGUCCAAUACCCAAUGCUCUUUGCUCAGCUGAACACCACCCAGCCAGCAUCUACUACCCUGGUUCUUUUAGAGGCUGGAGAAGGGAAGUGAUUCACAUUGGAAAACUGCAUGUAUGUGGAUCUGUUCGAUUUCGUUGGUACCAAGGCUUCUAUUUGUCUGGCAUGGUACCUCCAACCUGGGCCCUGGACAAUGUUUAUGUUGGUCCUCAGUGUCAAAAGAUGUGCAGUGGGCAUGGGACAUGUGUUAGGGGCACCCACUGUCAAUGUGACCCUGGUUACUCUGGUAUAGAAUGCUCUGUUCCAGAUGUGCCAAAUCCAGACUUCCUGAAAGAAGAUUUUGAAGUUGAUACUUCAGAAGCUGAGAAUUUCAAAAUGGUGAGUGGAGGAAAGCCGUCUAGGAAAUGUGGCAUCAUGGCCAGUUCAAACCACCUGUUGUUUAACGAGGAUGGUUUACGUAUGUUGGAAACAAUAGACAUGGAUUUGUCUGAUGCAAGAUUUGUACAGUUCUUUUUGCGUUUGGGCUGUGGGAAAACUUCCCCAGACCCACGUUCCCAGCCUGUGCUACUCCAGUUUUCAGUAAAUGGAGGAUUAUCCUGGAAGCUGCUACAGAAAUUUUUCUAUACUAACAGCAGUAAUCAGGCUGAGCUUAUUGCCCUAAAGAUUCCACUGCAAGCCCUCACUACUGAAACUCGCUUACGUUGGUGGCAGCCAGCUGAACAUGGAUACUUCUACAGUCCCUGGGUCAUUGACAAGGUAGUGGUGGGUGGCAGUGCCAGUGGUUGGGGUCCUCUGGAGGAUAACUUCUCCACCACAGAUGAACAGUUGUGGCUUCUUCAUCCUGGUGGCACACACAUGCCUGUGUGUGGCUCUGAUGGCAAUGCGUUUGCAUUCAUUGAAAAAUCUAACACUCGUUAUGCUAUCACAACUGAUAUCAGUGUAGGGCAGGAUGCCUUGAUUCAGUUUGACUUCUCUGCUUCUUGCUCUGUCACCUCCUCCUGCUAUUCAGUGGAAUUGGACUACUCUCUCGAUCUUGGACUUAAUUGGCAACCCCUCCUAAGAGAGUGUUUACCCACAAGUUCAGAUUGUUCCUCUUACACACUUCAGAAUUUCUUAGUGUCAGAUACCUACAACAAAUGGGGCAGAGUUACCAUACCCAUCCCAGCCUAUGCCAGAUCUACAUCCACUCGAUUCCGAUGGCUUCAGAAGGCACCGUUUGACAAGCAGCAAACCUGGGCUUUAGACAACCUCUACAUUGGAGAUGGUUGUCCUGACAUGUGCUCUGGUCAUGGUCAUUGCAAGCAUAAUUUCUGUGUGUGUGACCCAGGGUGGGGAGGAAGGUACUGUGAUGAAGCCAUUCUACCCCUCUUGUCCCAAGUAAAGGACAGCUUUAGUCGUGCACCCUCCCUCAAUCACUGGCGUCUAUUAACUGGUGGAAAACUGAGUACAGUAUGUGGGGCUGUAGCAUCAGGUACAGCGCUGCACUUUAGUGAGCUCUGUACUCGUCAGCUGGUAACUGUGGAUUUGAACUUGACCAAUGCUGAGUUUGUACAGUUCUACUUCAUGUAUGGCUGCAUGGCACCCCCUACCACCAGAAACCAGGGUGUAUUACUGGAGUUCAGCCUGAAUGGAGGCAUCAGCUGGAGAUUACUGACUGAGAUAAACUAUGACCAAUACAGCAAGCCAGGGUUUGUGAAUGUUCUCUUGCCCCCAACUGCCAAGGCAGUGGGAGUACAGCUUCGUUGGUGGCAGCCACAACAUGAUGGAUCAGAUCGUGGAGACUGGGCACUUGACAAUGUGCUUGUUUCUGGCUCAGAUACACAUGCUCAAAUCUCAGACACAUUUGGAGUUGCAUUGCCCAUUCAUGAGAGGUCUCCAGCUGACGGCACACUUGGAACACUUACUGGCCACAUCAGGACAGUAAGCAAGGGAGAAAAAAGCAGCAAGAGAAGAGUUAGUGACCACUGGCUCUUCUCAGAAGACUGCUCUGUGCAACACUUUUGCAACUCCUCAGAUGACGUAAUGGUAUGUGGCAAAGUAGAUAGCCAAGAAGUGUAUGCUGUAACACAUGAUAUCAUCCCAGACAAAGGUUGGGUCAUGCAGUUUAAGAUUGCAGUUGGCUGCAAUAUGCCAGAAAGACAUGCUGAUCAACAUGUCCAUGUACAAUAUUCAGUAGACUUUGGUGUCUCCUGGAAGUACCUUGUGCCACAGUGCCUUCCAGCUGACCCUCACUGUGGAGAGCAAGUGUCCCUGCCAUCUGUUUUCUUUGCUGCAAAAGGCUGGAAAAGAGCUGUUUAUCCUCUUCCUGACAGCCUUAAAGACAUAGCUGUGAGGUUCCGGUUCUACCAGCUGCAUUCAGACACACAAUGGGCAGUAGGUAACAUUUACAUUGGACCUGCAUGUGACAACCACUGUGGUGGUCAUGGUGACUGUCUAGAUCAGCACUGCCUUUGUGAUCCAGGAUUUUCUGGACAAAAUUGCUAUGCUAACUCAAUUUUGAAGGGAACCUUAAAGGAGCGAUUUGAAUGGCAGGGGUCCCCUGGUCCACAGUGGGAAAUUUUGGAGGGAGGCUAUGCAUGCACAGACUGUAGAUCACUGGUUGAGGGAAAGGCACUUUAUUUUAAUGGAGCUAAUACAAGGCAGGCUGUAACUGCUGAUCUUGAUCUACGUGGAGCCAAGUUUGUAGAGUACUGGACCAUUAUUGGAAGUGAAGACAUUAUGAGUAUGUGCCACUAUCAAUCUUGUAGAACAGAAGAUGUACUAUUGGAUUAUUCAACUGAUGGAGGUAUAUCAUGGACACUCCUUCAUGAGAUGGAUUAUUUGAAGUAUUUGUCAGUAAGAAGAGAUUACAUUCUUUUGCCUGUGGGAGCUAUGACCAAUGCUACACGCCUGCGUUGGUGGCAGCCGUUCAAGAUGUCUUCAGGUUUGGUAACUCCAAAUUUUGACCGUGCUCAGUGGGCCCUAGAUAAUAUUCUGGUUGGAGGCUCUGAAAUCAACCCCAGCACCCUCUUGGACACCUUUGAUGAAGAGGAUAUAUCUCAUGAUGUAAGCUGGAAUUUCUAUCCAAAUGGUGUGCGAACAGCUGGUUUUUGUGGCAAUCCAACAUUCCAUCUCUAUUGGCAAAACCAAAACCAGGAUGGAACCUAUAAUAUCUUGACUACUCGAGAGUUAAUUGUCCAACCAGGAUACAUCCUGCAAUUUAAGAUUGUGGUAGGCUGUGAUGCAGAAAUCUGUGAAGAUCAUCAUCCGGUGAUUCUACAAUAUAAAAAAGAUGCCAGGUCAGACCAUUGGCACUUAGUGCAGUCCGCAUGCCUCCCUUCUUCUGUGAAUAAUGUGGGGUGUUCGCCAUUCCAGUUCCAUGACUCCAGCAUCUACAGCCCAGUGAACAGCUUAGUAUGGACAAGAAUUACUUUGCAGCUACCUGACCACAUCUCCUCUGGUGCAACACAGUUUCGCUGGAUUCAGAAGGAGGAUGCUGGUGAGCGAUUUGGCUGGGGAGUUGAUAAUGUCUACAUUGGUGAAGCAUGUCCAGGUCUUUGCAGCGGACAUGGUUACUGCACAACUGGAGCAGUGUGUCUUUGUGACGAAGGGCACUAUGGUGAUGAUUGCUCCCUGUGGAACAGUGAUCUUCCCACUUCUAUCAAAGACAACUUUGAGUCUGGGUCUGUGUCAAAGGACAGCUGGAGUGUCAUUCAGGGUGGAAGGGUAAGCAGUGGUUGUGGCCAGCUUUCCCCACAUGCCCAUGGAGAUUCUCUAUAUUUUAAUGGCUGCAAAAUGAGACAGGCCAUCUCCAAACCUCUGGAACUUUCCAGGGCCAGCAAGAUCAUGUUUGUGCUGCAGAUUGGAAGCAUGGCACAAACAGACAGCUGUAACUCGGCUUUGAACCAGGUUGACACUGCUGACCGGGCUGUGCUGCUCCAGUACAGUGUUAACAAUGGAGUCAGCUGGCAUGUCAUUGCUCAACACCAGACUAAAGAUUUCAUCAAAGCCCAGAGAGUCUCUUAUAACAUUCCCCUUGAAGCCCGUGUGAAAGGAGUUCAGUUGCGAUGGUGGCAGCCACGUCAUGGUGGUACAGGGAAAGACCAGUGGGCUCUAGAUCAUGUGGAAGUUGUUCUAGUCAGCUCCCGUAAACAAAACUACAUGAUGAACUCCGCCAGACAGUCGGGUCUAAGCCACUACUUUAACAGGAAGAGGAGGACAUUACUACACUUCACUUACUAGAAAGCACAAAAAUCAACUACCACAAGUGGAUUUCUGUCAUAGCAAAACAACCUCUUCAAUCUAAGAGCAAUUACAACUUGAAAAGGGAGAAGUAAAAGAAAAAAAUCAGCUAUUUACAAUUAAUGAGCAUGGAGAAUUUAUAACUUUCGAGAGCCACAUCAUUAUUAGGCCUGUCUCACAAAGCGGAUCAUACACAUUUAUUGCCAUCUGCCAAAAUUAAGCAUGUUAUUUGGUUUUACAUUUGGUGACCAUAAUCCUGUAGCUUACUUGGCUUAUACACACACACAUACACACACACACACACACACACACGAACACACAAACCGUUCAGAAAUUUUUUAUAGACUAUGCAACUAUUACAACCCCAAUUCCAAACAAAAAAAAAUUACAAAUGGUGAAAAAGGUUAUAUGUAAAUAAAAACAGAAUGAAAUGCAUUAUAAACUGAUAUAAUAAUAUGAUCAUUUGUACCAUUUAAAAAUAAAUUAUAAUAAUUUUAUUCUGAAUUUGAUGGCAUCAAUAUUUCUAUAAAUGGGACAGGGCAACAAGAAGCUGGAAAACUAUGUGCUAAUAAAAUAAAAUGCAGGGAUAUUUUUGAAACUAAUUAGGUUAAUUAGCAAAAAGUAAAUACCAUGACUGGGUAUACAAAGUGUACAGAUGUUCAUGUGGAACUAUUUCAGAAUAAUGUUCAACAUCAUAUUACAUAGAAUUUGAAUAUCUCUAUCAUCAAAAAAUUCAGAGAUUCUGGAGAAAUCUCUGUGUGCAUGCAACAAUGGCAAAAAUCAAUAUUGUAUGCCCUCGAUCUUUGGGCUCUCGGGUGGCAGCACUGCAUUAAAAACAGGUAUGAUUCUGUAAUUAAAUUCACCAAAUCCUCCACCUCUAGGAAUCAUUGUCUGUGAACAAAUUUUGCUAUGCCAUCUACAACUACAGGUUAAUGUUCUUUCAUGCAAAGAAGCUGGCAUGACCCAGAAUAUACAUAAAUAUAAACAUACAUAUGUAUGUAUAUGUGUUUGUGUGUGUGAACUGAUGUUAAAAGAAGAGGAGAUGCUAGACAGUGGUAAAUAAUGCCAUGUUCCAAUUAUUUUUUUGUUUUGUUUUUUAGUCGUUGCAGCCAUCAAAUAAUAAUAAAAAAAAAAACCUUAGUUUUCUUGAACAGUUCUUGACAGUUUCUCAAAUUAAACAUGACAUGUUUUCAAUUGUUAAAUUCUGAAUAAAAUAAGGAUUUAUGAGAUUUGCAGUUCAUUGCAUUCUGUAUUUAUUACAAUUUUGGAAUUGUGGUUGUAUAAGCAUAUUUGCAUUUUUGUGACCCCCCCCCAGUUCACUACAACAAUAAAUAGAUCAAAUAAAUAUUUGCAUAAUGCAUCCAUAUUUCUGCAUGUCCAUGUUGCUUAGAGUAUUAAAAACAAAGUAUUAAUAUAUAGUACAUUUUGAACAGAUACAAAUGUGCGAUUAAGU